GCGAUCGAUGUAUGUCACGGUUUCAUAAAAAGGAUUGUUUUAAAGGGGAGGGGGGUAUUGCAAGGGGGUAUCAAAGAAGCGGAAAACAAAACUGAAGAAGCACAAUGAAGUGAAGUGGAGGUCUGGUUAAUCAAGGAGAGUCAGUACUGCUUCGCAGCGAUGUCUUGGGCAAAAUGCAUCAUCUUUCCCGAGAGCUCUUUUUAAUUACAUCUCUAACGCAAAAGGAGGGGUGUUGGACACAGCAGAUUGAGCCGAAACCUUCUCUCUAACACACAAGACAUUUCACAAAAAAAACUUCUUAAUCAAAGACGUGUCAAUGGAAUCCAUUCCACUGUAGUCGCUUGGGUUGCGUUUAGGGUGGUACUUAACGCUUCACGACGUCGUGUUGACACAGUCCUGUUGUUGUUUAUAAAAGAUCACCUUAAGGAAUGUGGGGGUUUCAGCGAAGGCGGCUGCUUGGUAUUCUUUCGACACCGGUAUUAGUAGCAGUGGUGUGCUGUGCACAGAGCGUCAAUGAGCCGGGGAACAUGUCGUUUGUAAAAGAGACUGUGGAUAACCUGUUAAGAGGAUAUGACAUACGACUCAGACCAGAUUUUGGAGGUCCCCCGGUUGCUGUUGGGAUGAGCAUAGACGUAGCCAACAUAGACAUGGUAUCAGAAGUAAAUAUGGACUACACCUUGACCAUGUACUUUCAACAGUACUGGAGGGACAAGAGGCUGGCUUACUCAGGAAUACCUCUCAAUUUAACACUUGAUAACCGGGUGGCGGAUCAGCUGUGGGUCCCCGACACCUACUUUCUAAACGACAAGAAGUCCUUUGUGCACGGCGUCACCGUGAAGAACCGGAUGAUUCGGCUUCACCCAGAUGGAGCGGUGCUCUACGGACUGAGAAUCACAACAACAGCUGCCUGCAUGAUGGAUCUGCGGAGAUACCCCUUGGAUGAACAGAACUGCACACUGGAAAUAGAAAGCUAUGGCUACACAACAGAUGAUAUCGGGUUCUACUGGAGAGGAGGAGACUCUGCUGUGACUGGGGUGGGAAGGAUUGAGCUGCCUCAGUUCUCCAUUGUGGAAUACAGGCUGGUUUCUCGCAAUGUCGUCUUUGCCACAGGUGCCUACCCACGACUGUCUCUGAGUUUCAAGCUGAAGAGAAAUAUCGGAUACUUCAUCCUUCAGACCUACAUGCCCUCGAUUCUGAUUACCAUUCUGUCUUGGGUGUCAUUUUGGAUCAAUUACGAUGCAUCCGCUGCAAGAGUUGCUUUAGGAAUUACAACUGUGCUCACAAUGACAACAAUCAACACUCACCUCAGAGAGACUCUGCCCAAGAUCCCCUACGUUAAAGCCAUAGAUAUGUAUCUGAUGGGCUGCUUCGUCUUCGUCUUCUUGGCAUUACUGGAGUACGCUUUCGUAAACUACAUCUUUUUUGGAAGAGGCCCACAGUUGCAGAAGAAACUUGCAGAGAAGAUAGAAAAGGCCAACAAUGACCGGUCCAAAUAUGAAGGCAACAAGUCUGUUCUGGAAGGAGGCAAUUGCAAACCAUCCGUAAAACAGUCCAAUCAGGUGCAAGGGCAUCGACACUCGUGUGCGAUGGACGCUCAUGGCAACAUCUUGCUAACCAGUCUGGAGAUUCACAACGAAGUGGCAGGAAAUGAGAUAACCACCAGUGUUAGCGAGUCCAGGAAUUCCUCAAUGGCCUUUGACAACUCAGGAAUCCAGUACAGGAAACAGAGCAUGCCUCGGGAUGCAACGGCCCAUCACAGCAGGGACAGGAAUGCCCAGCUGAAGAAGAGUCGUCUGAGGAGAAGGUCAUCACAGCUGAAAAUCAAAAUCCCAGAUCUGACUGAUGUGAACGCCAUUGACAGGUGGUCGAGAAUAGUGUUCCCUGCUGCGUUUACACUCUUCAACAUCAUCUAUUGGCUUUACUAUGUCAAUUAAGGGACAGCUUGGACUCUCUAUACCAGGGGUUAAAAGUGUUACCUUUUUGUUUUGUUUUGUUUUUUGUUUUUAAAUAUACUUGCAAUCUCUAGGGUUUACAACAGAUUGCAAACUUUCACAAAAAAAAGUAAAAAAAAAAAAAAAGUAAAAUAAAAAAACCUUUUGUACUACAAUGUUGUAUGAACAGAUGCCCUCAGAGUAUUUAUAAGUCUUGAGACCGCUUGCAUGAUACACUGCCCUGGAAUCACAAAAGCAGUCAUUUUUUGUCUGCCAUUAUACCCAAAAUAGGCUUGGCAUUAAGAGUAACAGUAUUACUUGAUUAAAAUAAGUUAGACCGCUGCAUUAUAACUGGGAGGACUGCAGUAUUUAACCAGUAAUCCAUAAGUACACCUAAGCAAUGAAUUCUAGCUUUGGGUUGGAUUUUCAGUUAACAGUAGGUCACUUCAUAACAGUAUCAGACUUCCCAUGUCUUAUACAUAUUAUAGAUUAUUAUGACUCAUAUUUAUGCAAAUGAAAGCAUUCUGUUGUACAUAGCCAUGUUUUCAAAAUAGCAUAUGCAAUAGUGCUAUAACACACACACACACACACACACACAUAUAUAUAUAUAUAUACUGCAAUCUCUCUCUCUCGCUCUGUCUCUCUCUCUCUCUAUAUAUAUAUACACACACAUACAUACAUGGCGUAUGCAGGUCUCCAUGAGGCAGAACGUUUGAUGUAAAAUACUGUGUGCAUUCUUGCUUACACCUCAUGGGAAACAUAUUUCCUGAAGAAUGGUCUGAUAAAUGUCUUAAACACCUCUUAUAAUUCUGGCACAGAUAAAAAGAAAUCAUGUUUAUUCACAAAUUCGGUUUUGUAGCAGCACUGUAAAUGUUUGUGCAGUUUUAUUAUUAAUAGUAGAAGUAUCAUUAUUGGUUUAUUAAGAUGCUAUUAAUAACAGACUACUGGAUCUUUAUUCAGACAGUAGAUCGUUUCCCUGUCUCAGGUUAUUUAUAUCUAAUAUGUAUUAUACUGUUUUAACACCCUUGCUUUUUUGUUUGGCCAUUUGGAUUAUCAAUAGAAAACUCCAUCUCAACUGUAGUUAAUUUGUAAGAUAUACAGACAUAUAUUCCAGACAUUGUUUUCUUCUCUUGUGCUCGAUAUUGUGACAGCAUGGUGUCAGAUUUUUUUUUUUGUGUGUGAAUACAUUUUUUUUUCAUUUUGCUUAAUUUUCUUUUUUGUCCAGUACGAGCACUUUCUAUACUCAUAGCCUACAUCCAAGCUAAUGAUUGUGCAUGUGCUCAGUAAAACAGUAAUGACCAUACAGUAGCAUGUUCUAUCACUGCAGAAUAUACACGACUGCAUUCUCACAAAUACAUCUGCCCGUUUGUUAACUAUCUCUCCAAUCCUGUUCACAAAUUAAUUUAUCUGCUUUGUUUGAAAUGUUACUGUGUUGGUAGUUGAAUGAUUUAUAAUUAUGAAUACUAUAAUACAUAUUAUUGUUAUCAUAUUAUUAAUAUUGUUUUUAUUAUUAUCAUUAUUAUCAUAGUAUUAUUAUUAUUGUUGUUGUUAUUAGUUAAUAUAUUUAGACCUUGUAAAUACUUUUAAAAACCUGUUGACAGUACUUUUUGUUUGUUUGUUUUUCAAUAGUCUAUUUUCUGAGAUAUGUGGGAAAUCAAUCAUUUAAGUUUCUGUUUUUCCUGGUAGAAUCAGCACCAGGGCAUAUUCUCUUUAAGAUUAAAUAAAUAAAUACAUAAAUAAGACAUUGUAAUUUUGGGAAAAGGAAAGAGACUUUUGCCAUGCUUAAGGGGUUGCAAGCAGGUGUUUUAAAAGAAUGUACCCUAAAUAAAGAAGCCCUCACUGGAUUGACUGGAUUGUUUUGCUGUGGAUUUCUUUUCCAGACUUUCUUAUCCUUUUAACCAAGGGUAAACCGAUUGGUCCAGCCACCAUACUACGUAUUCACUUCCUGUCCAACAGAUAGUGAGUCCGGUCACGGUGAGCCUGAGGUGGGGACCUAAUACUGGUGCACAGGAAGUGAUAGUGUGGUGGCAGGAAAACAAAGUCUGGAACACAAAAUGAUAAGAUUGUGAGAAAGAUGUUCCUCUAAGGAGAGGUGUGUUACAAAACAUUGGUGUUUGUGAAACGCUGUCACCUGACUGUGCAGUCCUUAUCCUAAAUGGAGUUUUAGCAUCUCAGUUCGGGAAGGGCGACAGACCCCAAUUCACUAUACUGUCAUUUACAGUUACCCCUUAGUCAGAUUUCCCCAGAUCAGUCUGAGUUACCUUUUCCAACAGCCAGGAGGCCACCAUGAUGUAUAAUGGAAAUUAAUUUUAUUUGGAGUCAUGUGAAGCACACGCAAGGUGUGGCAUUGUCCUGGUGUGCUGAAAUCAAUGUUUCAAGUUGAAUUUACUGAACUGUAUGUUCACAAGUAAGAUACUUAUUUGUUCACUGAGCUUAGCACUAAAGCAAGUACUGAGUGCUUCAAGCUGUUCCUCAGAGCUUCAAAGAGCAUUAAAUGAUGUGACAAAUCUGCUCAGGAAGUUAUUUUAUUUUCUGAGGAAGAAAUGUUUUACCUGGUGCUGUGAAUCUUUUCCCCAAAAUUUAAAUGAAUUCUUUAAACUGAAAUCUAGAAUAUGCAGCAUCUUUGUCCAUCCGUAAUGAGAAAAUAUUAUUCAUAAUCAUUUUUUAUUUCAAUGUUUGGGCCACAGAAGAAUUGUUAAACCUGUAUAUCAGAUAUUUCUUUACUCUAAAAUUAAUUAUUUCAAACCCUAGGUGUGCAGAUUGUACUUUGAUGAAAACAUUGAUAGAGGUAUGUUAGAGGUACAGCUAGAUAUAGCACCCAAUAAGAACUUUUUUAACAGGAGAUAUAUUUUAAAUUGUCUCUGAUUCGGGUUUUGAGAGUACACAACGUUUUUUUAAUUUAUUUUAAUUCUUUACUUUUUUCACUUAAAAGCAAAGUUACUUGAAAUACUACGUUACUGGGAUGCUAACUUAAAAUUCUGAAAUGCCUAGCCAUCCUAGAAAUUAGAUCAUUUCCUUCAGACGAGCGUUGUGAGUUUUCAAAUGGGGGUGAUCUUUUCUCAGGGGUUCAGUCAUUGCAUUUCAGAGAGGCUGUGAUCUGUUCUCACAGCAAGCCCCUGUCAGCCCAAUGCCAAUGCUGCAUGUGCAAGAUCAAUAGAAAAGAGAAGGUGACACACCCCGAUGUAAUGUCUGAGUGCUUUCAGUAAUAAACUCCUUAGUUUCUGAUAAACUGUUAACCGCGUGACUGCUUACCAGGAUACUAAAGCUGAUGAUAAACUGCCACCUUCUCAUUUGUUAUUGUGCACUCAAUCAAUGUACACCAGGGGCUUAAGAGAGGGGGAGUAAAGAAUUAAAGCAUUACAUUUCAUUAUCUAGAUAUACAGCCUGUUUUUAUAAAAACAUUGGCAAGCACAGAUACUGCUUGGGCACAUCAUCAUAAGCACAAGAAGAUAUUGCUGGAAUGAGGUUGUACAGGACAGCCAUACAGUAUGCAGUGAUUUCUACCUGAAGCCCUUGAUGGGUAUGUGGGUAUACUCAUUAUAUUGGCAGCACAUGCAUAGUGACUCAAUAUUCAGAACGUCUCACGUCACAUUGUUUCCCCUCUGUUGCCAAGGUGCAUUGUGGUCCUUUCAGACAAUGUUCUCUGACCUUUACUUGUUGUACAAAUCACUAAGAUCUUGUUUUUUUUUGUUUUUUUUUCAGAAAGUGGACACCUAUUUGUAUUUUAAUUUGUAGUUAUUGGCAAUGUUUACAGGAAGCUGCAAAAGGAAAGCCAUACAGCUAGUCACUUUGGGUACCUUCUGUAUUUGUAUCCAUUGUUGUAGAUACUUGAUCAUUUUUGGCUGUCACUAUAUUUCUCAAUCUGGAUUCAUUUACUUGACAUCUGACUUUAUACCAGAGGUGUAAACAUUGUUAACCUCGAGGUAAACCCAGAAGACAAAAGAAUGUUUUUUCACUUUUAUUUUAAUCUCUAUCAUGGCAUCUGUAUUUCUGUUACUGUUUGCAUUCACAAACCUGGGUAAACAAGGUUUGACUGAUAAGAUGAUCAGAGACCUGCCUUUAGGUUGACUGCAAGUGUUGAGUUAACACGCUGUACCAAACUCACAUGUGAGCAUCAUACCUUUUUCUGUAGAAAAGCAAUAAACAAUUGUUUAAAAUGA